GAAAUGGAUAGAAUCGAAUUGUGUUCAUGUGAGAAAGGAAAUGGAAAUGAAUAGUUAGGGUUGGGACUUUUGUUGGUUGAAGUUUAUCUAAUAUUCUCUUUUUUCUUUCUUUGGAUGCUCGAUGAAUUGGGUGAGGAUCUUGUGUUUACCUUGCCUUCUUCACCUGUUUCCCCUUUUAUUUAAUAGAGUUUCCUGCAUUUGUUUAUUUACUUGCUUGCUUGUUUAUUCAUCAGGGUCUAUUUACUGUUCACGAGUUGAGAUAUCGAUUCUUUCUGGGUUAGCCUAUCUGAAGCGUUUUCAAUUUCCCUUGUUCGCAUUUGUCUCUCAUAUUUAGGGUGUAUUCGGUACUACCACCUGUUUAGUUAUAUAUCUAGGUAGUUAGUUAACUAGUUAUGGCAUCAGUGCUUAAUAAUUACAAUAGA